CAGCGGCUCCGCAGCCAAUCAGGAGGCCGGAGCGCCGCGCUCCUCCGCGCCGCAGACUCUUGCAGCUGCACGCGGACAGUUUGACACCCGCAGCUGCUUACAUAACACUGCAGCGCGCGCGCUCCGCGGCAGAACCUGGAGAGGCGCGCGCGCGCUGCGGAGCCGCAGCUGCGGUUGCGCACAUACAGUAGAGGACUGAAGUACCAACUGUGCGGUACAGUCAGGCUGCAUUGCGUCGGACACCCCCCUCUCCCCCGCAUCUCCCCUCGCGCUUCUUCUCCUCCAAGCCCCUCCCUCUCUCACUCACUUCAUGACAUCCCGCAAUAUGUCUCCAAAUUAGCGCGCGGGUCUGCCGUCCGCAUCCUCGCGCGCCUUUUUUUCUUUUUUUAGGUCCUUGCACCCCCCCACCCCCCUCCCGCCUCCUCCUCCCGCGCGGAUGCCGCAGCGUCCUGCUCUCCCGCCAUGGCAGCCCGGUCCCGCUCGUCUCUGCUGCGUGAUUUGUCAGCCGGGAUUUUGGCUGCGGAGUUCCGAUCCGUCUGAAGCCUCCUGCUGCUCCUGCUCCUCCUGCUGCUCCUGCUGCUCCUGCUCCUCCUGCUCCUCCUGCAUCCCGGCUGAAAACCAACACCAAGAGGAUACGGAUGUUGACCAAGACAACAUAGUCCAUUAAUAUUUCAGAGAUCCAGAAAGGCGAUCCCGCAUUAAAGCCGCGCGGAGGCGGGACAGGUGCACAGAGACGGUCACCGCUCUGCAGGCUUGAAAGAUGAUCGGCUCAGAGAUGAUGGCGGCGGCGAUGCUGAAGAUGAUGGCGAGGCAGAGCCUGCGCAUCUCCUGAAGUCAGCAGGAGCUUCUUCUCCUCGUCUGAACACCACCACCUCCUCCAGGGCAGGAUGACCGUGGUGUCCACGGAGAACAUGGACGACACCUCCACCCUGCCGGGUCACCCGCAGGACCCCUACCCGCUCGACGACGACCACGACGACCACGACUGCUGCGAGCGCGUGGUCAUCAACAUCUCCGGGCUGCGCUUCGAGACGCAGCUGAAGACGCUGGCUCAGUUUCCUGAAACAUUGCUGGGAAACCCGAAGAAGCGGAUGCGUUACUUUGACCCGCUCCGGAACGAGUACUUCUUCGACCGGAACCGGCCCAGCUUUGACGCCAUCCUGUACUACUACCAGUCCGGCGGGCGGCUGAGGAGGCCGGUCAACGUCCCCCUGGACAUGUUCUCUGAGGAGAUCAAGUUCUACGAGCUGGGCGCGGAAGCCAUGGAGAAGUUCCGGGAGGACGAGGGCUUCAUCCGGGAGGAAGAGCGGCCGCUGCCGGAGAAGGAGUUCCAGCGACAGAUCUGGCUCCUGUUCGAGCACCCGGAGAGCUCGGGCCCCGCCCGCGGCAUCGCCAUCGUGUCCGUGAUGGUCAUCCUCAUUUCCAUAGUCAUCUUCUGUCUGGAGACGCUACCGGAGCUGAAGGAGGACCCCAACGACCGGAUCCAGGUGGUGGGAAACAGCACCAUCUACUACAAGGCCAACGUGCUGACGGACCCGUUCUUCGUGGUGGAGACGCUCUGCAUCAUCUGGUUCUCCUUCGAGCUGAUUGUGCGCUUCUUUGCGUGUCCCAGCAAGGCAGCUUUCUUCAAGAACAUGAUGAACUCCAUCGACAUUGUCGCCAUCAUCCCUUACUUCAUCACGCUCGGCACGGAGCUGGCCGACGACCAAGAAAACCGCGAGGGCAAAGCUGGGGGCGAGCAGGCCACCUCGCUGGCCAUCCUCAGGGUGAUCCGUCUGGUGAGGGUCUUCCGGAUCUUUAAACUGUCCCGCCACUCCAAAGGGCUCCAGAUCCUGGGGCAGACUCUGAAGGCCAGCAUGCGGGAGCUGGGGCUGCUCAUCUUCUUCCUCUUCAUCGGCGUGAUUUUGUUUUCCAGCGCCGUUUAUUUCGCAGAAGCCGAGGAGAAGGGGUCGUUCUUCACCAGCAUCCCCGAGGCCUUCUGGUGGGCCGUGGUGUCCAUGACCACGGUGGGCUACGGGGACAUGUACCCCGUGACCAUCGGCGGGAAGAUCGUGGGCUCGCUGUGCGCCAUCGCAGGCGUCCUGACCAUCGCGCUGCCGGUGCCGGUCAUCGUCUCCAACUUCAACUACUUCUACCACCGCGAGACGGAGGGCGAGGAGCAGGCGCAGCUGCUGAACGUCAGCAACCAGAACUUGGCGUCGGAGAGCAACUCGAGCCGGCGCAGCUCCUCAGCCAUCAGCAAGUCGGAGUACAUGGAGAUCGACGAGGACUUGAACAACAGCAUCGACAACUUCAGGGAAGCUAACCUGAGGACUGCCAACUGCACGGCUCCCAGCCAGAACUGCGUCAACAAGGGGAAGCUGCUCACCGACGUGUGAGGCCCCCGGAGACCAACCCUGUAAAUAUUGUAGAAAGACAUGGAUGCCUCACCCCCCGGGGGGGCAUCUUAAUCAGUUUUUCCAUCAGUUCAUACAGGAGAGCAGAAACACUGAGGCAGAGGAUUUAUUUACUCAAACUACCAUCUCAAAGUUUAAGUCCCGUCAGUUGUGACCCACUGAGGUGUGAUGAAUUUGACCCCUCCCCUGGGGGAGUGGUGAGCUGCAGACACAGCCGCGCUCGGAACCAUUUGGUGGUUUCACCCCCCAGUCCAACCUCUUAAUGCUGAGGGUCAAGUAGGGAGGCCAAUUUUAGGUACGGAUUUGAACCCACGACCCUACAGUCUCAGGGCGGACACUCCCCUACAGGGCCACUGAGCUGGUUCAAAUGUGUUUAUUAUCAGAUGAGAAAAUUUCAGAGUUUUUUAGAGUUGCAUCCCGGACAAGCCCCCAAAAAUCACAUUCAUUUCUGUAUGUUUAGGUGUGACCUCCUGAAGGUCAGACCUCCCGGUCCUGGGUGAAGCUAGGUGCAGAACAGGGUGCAGGUUCUGUCCGGUCUGCCUCCUCGGUGCUGCAGAACUGGAUCGGUACCUGAAACUGGGUUUCAUGUUUCAUAAACAUUUUAAAGUUAUUAGAGUUUUCUGAUGAAAUAAUGACGGAUAUUUUAGACAAUCCAGCUCAAACCAGCUUUUAUUGGAGUUUAGAUGAUAUUUGGAGUCGAGGUUUCAAACUACUGCCAUUUAUGCAACACAAACGACUAAAUUCAAACGUCACCGAGGUUUUAGGAUCCAGCCCCGCCACAGUCCAUCAGGAGGAGGAGCCCGUUCCCGGAGACCCUCUGGAUUACAGCCGAGUCGGGCGCCCGGAUGGAGUAUCUCACGCACUGCCACAGCCGCUGCUGCCGCCCGCCACAGGUGACCCUGUGGGGCGCCGUGCAACUCUCCUUUAUACGGACGCAUGUGGAGACGCUCUCCUCUUCUGUCAGCAUGCACAUGACGUUACCUCAGUUCUUUUUUACAUUCUCGUCUCCUCCUGGAUUCUAUCUCUCAUUUGUUUUCACCAAAAGUGCACUGACUUCUUCUUCUCGUGUUUUUUUGGAGCAUUUCCGUGUUGAAUGUUUAAGGGAACAGGAACUCUUCUUCUCUGAAGACCAUGGCAUGUCAAACACUACAGCAUUAUGGCCUAACUAGCUAUGAUAUAGCUGCGUAUACUCAAUGCAUGACGUCAGUAUUAAACUGCCUGUAGUUGUAAGGGGAGCUGGAGGAUGGUGGGGGGGCAGGAGGAGGUGCAUGACGGAGCGAACUGUCAGGGAGGGGGCAAAAACGCCAAAAAAAUCCAGAAAAACUAGAAAAAAAAGAGUUUCAUCUCUCCAGAAGAGAGAUUUCAGAGCUCCAUCCUCCGUUUGUGUUCGUCUACGCUACAACGAUGGAGCGCACGGGAUCAUCCGCUGCUGUCCGUGACCUUUCACCCCUCAAUUUGACUUUACAGAGUCUGGAGAAGGAAGGCAGAGCAACAUCCCACGGAGACGUGGAUCUAAAAUUAGCUCGCAGUGCCUUGAACCGCGUCUCCGAAUAGAUCUGAUCAAAGUGCCUCCCGUCAGCAGAAAGAGCAGCUCGACUCGUCCUGCCAUACCCGCGCUCAGCUGCCGCACCGGCGCGGACCACACACAGCUGUUACCGUGGCAACCACUACUCCACAGUCUUAUGGUUUUUGUUGUGUCAGGUAAGCAGAUGUUGGAGGUCAAAGGUCAGGAGGUUUGAGCAUCUCUCCAUGAUGGAGAGCAGAAUAAUCUGGACGGAUCAUCUGAUAAUCUGUCAGGACAAAAGACUAAUGAGUCGUAAGUUAGUUAUGGAGGAAUUUGAAGGAGUUUGUGGAUCAGCAGCUCAGAAGACGAUUGAAGAGAUUCAAGUUGAUCAAAUCCUGGAUAUUAUCCGCCCAUCAGUGCUGCUGCUCUGAUGCAGAUUUACAGAUUAAUCAGAUUACAGAUCAAUCAGAUUACCUGAUCAGUUUAAAUUGACCAGAUUAUUUAUGUCUCUGAAAGUUAGCAUCAGUUAGAGCUGUAUGCUGCCGGGCAGCACAGUGGUGGAGUGGUUUGCACUCUCGCCUCACAGAGAAGUCUCUGGUUUGAUUCCCAUCUCCUUUAUGUAGAAUUGUGCUGAUCAUUAUUAUUGAUUAUCAUGAGGUGAUGCUCUGUGGUUGAAGUUCUGACCCGGACGUGUGGACAGGUUUAGAGGCGGAGCUUCUGUGUAGGAGCUCCUCCUCCUGGGGUCUGCCCCCCCACCCCCUCAGAGACAGCUGACGGCUCGUCCUGAGCGCCGGCUGCUCCUGCAGAGGGAGGCUGACGGAUGCGAGGAGGCACGGCGCCUCCCUCUGCAGAGGCUGAACGUUUCUGCAGGCGCCAGUCACUCUGCACGCCAGCAAAAUGGCGCUUCUGUAGAGGGGGGGGGGGUAGAGAUAUGAAAUAUGGCUCAUUUUUUUAACACUGCCGAGGAUGUGAAGCUUUAGUGGAGCAUCCACCUUUCUGGGAGGGUUAUGGGGGCUCGGAAAUUCAGAUUCCUGCCUCUCACUGCAGCGCCCCCUGCUGUGAGGAGAGCUACAAUCACUGCCUGAAAAAUAAGGAGAUACGGUUCUGUUGGGGGGGUCCAACAGAGAGGAGGUGUCAGAGUGACAGGUCUGAGAGAUUCAUGCUGAGAGAAGUGUCAUUUAUCUCUGAGAUGAACUAAAUCGCAGUUCUUAACAGUGGGUUGAGUUCAGUUCUGAGUUCGGUUCUGGAUCAGUCUGAAACCAAACUGGGCCUGACUGAGAUGAAAACAGAUUCCUGAGUCAGAGUUCUGGAGUUCUGGAGUCGCAGCAUCUGGACCAUAAAUCUCCGUCCUGAAGCGUUUUGCUCACAUGGAUGUCAUAAGAUGUCUCCAUCUCCAAAUGUCUGAGGCAGAUUUAAGGUCCGGCUGCUGGGACUCAACUUUAAGACAACCCAACCGGAUAAAUGAGAACCUUCACCGAUCACCGCAGAUUUGAACUUACAGCCCUCUUUUGCCGUGUUUCCACUGAGCGGUCCGGACCGGAUUGGUACAGUAUUUUGAGUGUUUCCAUUAUAAAAUAGACCCAUUAGGCCAGACCUGGAUCUUGGUACCCUGUUGGUCAGGCCCGGCCUAGGGUAAAGAACAAAUUUGGCGUCCUCCGCAGAUGUUUCAGCUUGGGCUAGAACCGGGUUCAUUUAAAAGCAAACAUGCUAACUGACCCCCGACCAGCCAAUAACACAGAUGAAAGUAGGAAUUUUAAAUGGAAAGAUGUUGAUGAAAAACUAGAUCGGCAGUUAAAUCCAUCUUUGGGGGGGGUCCUAUCAAGAUUAUAUAAUUAAAGCAGACAAACCUCUGCUUUGAACUCGUGUUUCCUCCUUUUUCAUCUUUACGUCAGGUUCACUCUGGACACGGAAGCACCGCCAAACAGAGGCCGCUUCUAUUCACCGCCCUUAUUAACCUAUGGUGUGGCUCACACCAGGCGCGGAGCGCCGCGGUCCCCCGCAGCAGCUUCACGCUGUGCAGUAGAUCGUUUCAGCGUCUGGUCUAUUUUGUGCGCGAGCGAUCUUCUGGAUAAAGGAGAAAAUCCAGUUUAUUUUCAAAAUAUAACCAAUUUCUCACAAUAAAAUACUGCGGUUGACAAAUGCGAUCAUGUUUUUGAUUCUAAACAGACUAGAGAUGAAAAUAAACGUACAAUCACAACAAACACACUUCUCUCUGUGUCUCAACAACAGAUAAAUUAAAGAAGUGUAGGUCUACUAAUUACUUACUUCUUGGCAGAAACAUGGGGUCAUAUUUUUAGAAUAUUAAUCUGCCCAUGAUAGCAAAAACAAAAUGAAGCUCUAGUCUGUUGACUGUCGUGGAAAAAUGUGCGUCUGGUGUGAAUCGCGGCAUUUGCAGGAGAAAGCGAAUGCCGUGUGCCCUCCGCUCCACGGUGCUUCUGCGGCGGUUCUGAGGCGGUUCUGAGGCGCUUUUGCAUCCAUUGUGAACCUACCUUUAAAUUUUAAAGAAGCAUUAACGGCGGCAACACUGCGUGCUCGUCCCUUCUUCCACAACCCAGCUUAGAGAGCGGCAGGACGUGAGGGUGCUGCACGGCAGAGUUAUGGAUUAUAUCAAACCUAGUUAUUUUAGCUACAUUUUUUAAUUUAUUAUUUUUUUUACAUGAAAUGAGUGGUGUGUCAAACUGUUUGACCAAAAGGAAAGAAGCGAAAAUAGAUAUACACAUGUAUAAAUGUAUAUAUAUAUA